AUGGAAAUUGCGGCAAGCGGUAUCGCCUUCAUCCAAGCCGGCGUUGGCACCGGCAAAGCAAUCCUCAAAGCCAUUCAACUAUGGGAACAAGUAAAGCAGCUCCCCGACGACCUCAAGGCCCGGAUCAAGAGGCUCAGGUCCCUCGAGCCGAUCCUGCGCCAGAUCGAGACCGAAUUCACGAAGCACCCAGACAUGUGCGUCCAUCCGACUGCCCGGCAAUCCAUCGCCUACGCGAGGGAGGCUGAGGCGACGUUGAGAUCGCACAUUGAGAAGCUUGAGGGCAAGAUCCAAGCUCCCAAGGGCAACUUCAGGCGACGUGUAAACUCAUUCAAGAUCAUCACUCUGAAGAAGGAGGAGAUGUCGAUGUUGGAGAGUGAGCUUGCGUGGGCGAUGGAGUCGGUGCAGUUGGCCAUUACGUGCUUCCAUAUGGCUAAGAGCGACUUGUCGGAACGCUCUAUAAUUAACGAAACCUCUGCGCGUGUUAGAGAAUACAGUAUGGCAUGCCAGGAUGACAUGGUGAAGAAAACGGCUCAAGCGGUUGUCAGCAUGAUAAAGGUCGAGGAGUUAUCCGCCAUUGAUUUGAAGCCCGUCGACUUCGAUACAAGUAAACAAACAAAAGAAAGUAAACCAAUACGACAGCCGAAUGGACUUAUCGCCUGGCCUUCAAGCUUCGAAGCUUCUGUCUUUGGGCGCUACUCCUUCCGUCGCUCCAAGGCAGACAACGGAUGGACUGCCUCGGUGCAAAUGCCUUGGUCUCAACGUGUGAGGGAGCUUCGAUGGACCGGGUGGCAGUACUGUUUCCACACUUAUAACAUCAGGCCGAGGUCGUCUCCUGCCUUCAAAGCUGCUGAGAAGGGAGACUUGGCGGAAUUGAUGAAGCUCUUUAAGACGGGACAGGCGACGCCCUUUGAUAGAAACGAACUUGGCCGUUCGCUCUUAUACUUGGCUGCGAAAGAGGACAGGUUGGAAGUCUGCCAAGCCCUCAUCCAGCAAGGCGUUCCCGCUGACGACGAACGAGAACUCCAUGGCCGCAACCCUAUCGACGCCAUAGUAACUUCCCGCAACAACUUCACCUCUCCCACCGCCGCAGACGCAACCCACCAAGCCCUCAUCACCCUCUUCCGCACCGCCGCCUACGGCGCCUCGACCCUGACCGUUGAGCGCCUCUUUGCCUACGUCGCAGAGUAUUCCGCCGGCGACGACUUCAUCCGCGUGUAUCAGACCCAAUUCCUGCGUGACUACCACGGCCUGCCCCUCCGAGACCGCGCCGAGGCGGUGCGGCUCGCCUCCUUCGUCGCGCACGACCCCCGGACCUACCGGUCUCUCUUGUCUAUAGACAUGGAGAUUACCAGAGGCGACGUAGAGGAGUCUGAGAGGCAAGGGUUCUCGCUGCUGCACUCAGCCGCGAUCGCCGUGGGGAAGAGGAUGGCGGAUGAGUUACAGUAUGACCCACGCGCGUUUAGGGCGCGUUCGUAUACCGAGUAUUGGAGCGACCUCAUCGUCGACACGGUCCGGGCGGCCCCCGAAGUCAACAGCUUGUGUCACGUCGAGACGGUGGUCCCGUGGGGCUGGUUUUUCGUUCCAGUCUGGAGGUCCACGCCCCUUGUCUCCCUCCUCGGCGGCGCCCUAUGUCGCUUGAGCCCAGAGGUCCGCUUGUCGGAAUGGGAAUCCAUCUUCCAAGCCGUACUCAAGCAGUGGCUGGGAGACUUGCAGUCUGCCGGGGUCGACUUGCUCCAGUACGGCAGACAAGAGGCACUCGUACAGAAAUUCACGUGUCCCGAAGUAAAAGGCGCAUUCGAUAGCGACGCCAUCAACGCUUCCCGCAGGGUGGUGCGGAACGAGCUGCAGGAGGCGAGCAAAGAUUCAUGGAUGAUGAACGUGGAUAGGACCUUCGACAAGAGUGACCGCUACUGGAAUCCCAUACGCAUAAUCGCGCUCGAUUAUGGCCCGGAGGUGGACGAUUGGCGAGUGCGGUGGCUCGUCGAAUCCGAGGCGUUUGCCGGCGAGUUCUGGAGGGUUGUAGAGGCGCCGCGGGUCGCCAUGCCUGGUAGCUGGGUCGAUUAG